UUCAGGAUGUUUUAAGGUGGAACGGGAAAUCCGAAUAAGCAGCUGGCGAAAAAGAAACCAACUUUAGCCUCGUCUAACAGUGAAAGAUGAAAACUAAAGGGAAUGUGAGCUCUACAGAGAAAGAAUUUGUGUUUGAGUUUAAGGCCGGGAGAAAUCACUCUGUCCUCAAAGUGCCUCUACAGUUUCCUGUUCAAGAAAAUGUCAACGAUCUGCACGGGAGACUCAUGCUGCUCCAUAACAUUCCUUGCUUUGUAGAAAAGGACUUAAAGAAGAAACUUCUUGCGUUCAUUGAAGGAGAAACGUUAGAAGAUUACGACCGGGAAGCUGAAGCAGCUCUACAGAGGAUCACUAAUGGAGAAGUUGACAUCAAUAAACUGAGCAACCUGUGGGCCAAGGCCUACACUGAGACAACUCUUGAACACGCCCGACCCGAGGAACCCAGUUGGGACGAGGACUUCGCAGACGUGUAUCACGAACUGAUCCACUCUUCGGCCUCAGAAACGCUGCUUAACCUGGAACACAACUACUUCGUCAGUGUGUCCGAGCUCAUCAGUGAGAGAGACAUGGAGCUCAAGAAGCUCCAGGAGAGGCAGGCAGUGGAAAUGAACAAAGUCAUGCAGGAGCUGGGAAAGACCUUGAGUGAUCAGGACGUUAAUACAGUGGCAGCACAGCAUUUUGACGCUCAGCAAGUUCUGGAGAACAAGUGGGCCAGUGAGCUGAAGCAGGUAACUGGCAUUCAGAAGCAAGAGUACCAGGAGUGGGUGGUUAAACUACACCAGGACCUUCGCAACCCUAACAACAGCACCAUCACUGAGGAGAUUAAGGUACAGCCUGGGCAGCUGACCGAGGCCAGCGAGUUGGGAGCCAGAGUGUUCGAGGAGCAUCGACAGCUGGAGGAGAGCUUCACCAUUCAUUUAGGGGCUCAGCUGAAGACGAUGCACAACCUGCGGCUGGUGCGGGCCAACGUGUUGGACUUCUGCAAGCACAGACGCCAUGGCAGUGGUGGCAGCGUCAAGCUACGUCGACUUCAGACGGCAUUCUCUCUGUACUCGUCCUCUCUCUGCGGCCUCGUCCUGCUCGUCGAUAACAGAGUGAACUCCUACAGCGGCAUAAAGAGAGACUUUGCCACCGUGUCUCAAGAAUGCACUGAUUUCCAUUUCCCCCGGCUUUCCAAGCAGCUGGAGGUGGUCCAGCAGGUGGUGCUGUAUGCAAGGGCGCAGCGCAGCAGCAAGCAGCGAGAACAGCCUGAGAUGCCCCGAAACGGGAGCAACGACGAGAAAAACAAGAACAUAGAACGAAACCCUUCUAACAUCCUUCCUGGUGAAUUCUACAUUAGUCGUCAUUCCAACUUGUCCGAGGUUCACAUAGUGUUUCAUCUGUGCGUGGACGAUAAUGUGCGCUCGGCAAACCUCACGGCUCGAGACCCGGCCAUCAUGGGCCUGCGCAACAUCCUCAAAGUGUGCUGCACGCACGACAUCACCACCAUCACCAUCCCGCUGCUGCUCGUGCACGACAUGUCCGAGGAGAUGACCAUUCCCUGGUGUCUGAAGCGAGCUGAGUUGGUGUUUAAAUGUGUGAAAGGUUUCAUGAUGGAAAUGGCAUCAUGGGAUGGUGGCAUCUCCCGGACUGUUCAGUUCCUCGUCCCUCAGAGUAUCUCUGAGGAAAUGUUCUACCAGCUGAGCAGCAUGCUGCCUCAGAUCUUCCGAGUCUCCUCUACUCUCACGCUCACAUCCAAACACUGACCAAGACACACAUACACAAAGGGCCAAGAAGGAACUCCCAGGGUGCUCUGCAGCCACACUUUGACCUCAAAAAGAAAACAGUGAAAAGAUCUCAUUGUAUGAGGUGCAGUGAGUUGGAGUGUAAUGUGGCAGAUUGUAAUAGUGAAAAUGGACUUGAUGACCAUCAUUAUCCUUAAAGCAGCUUUUUUUCAUCCAUUUUGCUCCAGCACAUUUUAAGCCGUAUUAUAUGUAUGUAAGCUUAUUAACGAUCCAGAUGCUUGGAAACUCUGUUUAAGUAGUCAGGAAUGCCACAGCUGUGAUUAUUGGGGACUUUCAGCUAUGUCUUCUGUAAAUGGUUGGCAUGUGUUAGCAAACUCGGUGAUGACCUCCGGAUGCAGCAGUGAUACGUCCAAGUAUUUAGACAUGGGGUGGGAAAUGGAGCAGUAUGGUUCAGGAAGCCUCAGGGUUUCAUGAAGUAGAACUAAUUAUCAGCUUAUUUACUAAAUCUGCACUCUCUGGGUCCGUGGAAUUUAUUGGAGAAACUAAAGGGUGGCACUACAGAAAUAUGUAUAUAGUAGGACAUUGCACUUGAAGAACAAAGCAAUAAGCCACUAGGUGGCUUGCAUUACAGUUAUUUUAUCACACAGUUCUUAGGCAUGAUGCAAAGCGGAAUGUCUAAAACCCCCUCACAUACAAUGCUUGGCCUAGAGAGUCUUAUUUCUAAAACAGCGGCUAAAACAAUAUAAAAUCCUAUGUUCGACGAAUAAUUUACUAUGAAUAAUAUUUACAAUAAACUAUAGUCUGUUAACAGAAAGCAUUAGUUGCUAAGCAAAGUAAUGGACAAAUAUUAAGAUAAUCAGCUUAAAUGUAAUGUUUAUAUUGGUUUAAAACUUUAUGGCUUUGAAUUAUUUCAGAUUUUAAACCGAAACAAUCCAUGUUGAAAUAUCUGAUUUGUUUUGUGGUGUAGAACCAACAGCCAUGAAAUUACAUUACUGUAUUGGCCUCAACGUUGCUCUACAGUUCCUAAUAGCCUGGAUUUGGUUAAAUAGCUACGAUGCUGAAAUAGUGACUUAAUCAAACACGAGCUUUGACUCUUGCAUCAGACUAAUGUACCUCUCUGAGAUUUUAUUUAAUUUCAGAUUUUGAGUAGCAAGACUUAUUUCCAGUGUGGCAGCUUGCUCCCACCCAUGUGGCCACACUUCUGUGAUGUAGAAGACUGCGUCUUGGUAUCAGUUCUAUAAUGAUUUCAUUUUUACCUAUUAGUGUAAUUCAGACAUAAUGACAGAUAUUUGCACUUAUAUAAACCUCUCCAGUGUUUAGUUUCCAAGAAUCAGUAAGUGCAAUGUCAUUCUCUCUUGUUCAGUAAUGACCGGCUCUUUUGUGCUUUUAGAACAGUUUGGUGAUUCAUAUAAGUUGCAUAUGUCAUUAUGGGCAUUUUCUCCCACUUAGGGGUCUUAAAAACUAUAAUGCUAUAAAAAUUAUUAUCUGGAAAUGAAAAGAAAAGUUUGAGUCACUAUUGAACAUUAUGACUCAGCAAAAAUGAACACAUUCCUGUCCAGAAUAUUUCAGUAUUUAAAGGCAAGACUCUACAUACUGAUUAAGUAGAAACUGUCACAUCAAUCCAUCUAUAACAUCUUUCAGACUGUAGUAAUAAAAAAUAUCAAAACUCAACAGGAAAAUGUUUAGUGCACUGUUUUGUCCAUUCAUGACCACAGUGUUGAAGUUUGAAGAAUGCUUUAAGCUCCACCCACUUAUAACAAUCACAUUGUCAUAUAUCCCUGAAUAUAUCUUCUUUAAUGCAACGCAUGCCAAUUUCCAUAAUAACACUCAAAAGAGUGGACACAGGAAAUUAAGGUAUUUUCAAACCUUUUAAAAACUAUUUAUUUUUCCUUUAAGAUCAGUUUUUUCAGUUUCCAGUUUAACAUUCAUUAAAUUUUACAUUUUCAAUCCUAUCCCAUUACUGGUGAGAAGGAUAUUCCAAAGGAGUUUCCCAAAAUGUUGAUUGUUGUUUAAAUUACAUUCGAUUUUAUACUGAAAAAUUAGGGUGGUUGUUGUUUUUUUUUCCACAGUGCAUAUUUUCUUGAUUAAACAGUAAAUUACUGUUCUGUAAAAGUCUUUCUCUUGAAAGUGUCCUUACAGUGAAAUAAACAUUUUAAUUCUAAAAGCA